CUUCUCCUCUUUGCCAACCUGCCCCACCUCCUCUGCAGUUCAGUGAUAACCUUUGGGCAAAAAUGUUGCUAAUCUCCUGGCUGCUCAGGCCUUCACCCUUUGCCUUUCUUUCUCCCAGCAGACGCUGCCUGCCUGCAGUCAUGAGGCCCACAUCCACCUUGGCAUCCCUACUCCUCUUUCUCUUCCUCCUGAGAGGAGAGGCAGGGGCUGAGGGUCGGGAGGAUCCAGAGUUACUGGUGACAGUUCGUGGGGGCCAACUGCGGGGCAUUCGCCUAAAGGCCCCUGGGGGGCCUGUCUCUGCUUUUCUGGGCAUUCCCUUCGCGGAGCCACCUGUGGGGCCCCGUCGCUUUCUGCCACCAGAGCCCAAGCGGUCCUGGCCAGGAGUGUUGGAUGCUACAACCUUCCCGAGUGUCUGCUACCAAUAUGUGGACAAGCUGUACCCUGGUUUUGAGGGCACCGAGAUGUGGAACCCCAACCGUGAGCUGAGUGAGGACUGCCUCUACCUCAACGUGUGGACACCAUACCCCCGGCCUUUGUCCCCCACCCCUGUUCUCAUCUGGAUCUAUGGGGGUGGCUUCUACAGUGGGGCCUCCUCCCUGGAUGUGUAUGAUGGUCGCUUCCUGGUACAAGCUGAGGGGACGGUGCUGGUGUCUAUGAACUAUCGGGUUGGAGCCUUUGGUUUCUUGGCCCUGCCAGGGAGCCGAGAGGCUCCAGGCAACGUUGGUUUACUGGAUCAGAGGCUGGCAUUGCAGUGGGUGCAAGAGAAUAUACCAGCAUUCGGGGGGGACCCAACAUCAGUGACUCUGUUUGGGGAGAGUGCAGGCGCUGCGUCGGUUGGCAUGCACCUGCUAUCUCCACCAAGCCGGGGCCUAUUCCACAGGGCUGUGCUACAAAGUGGUGCACCCAAUGGGCCCUGGGCCACAGUGGGCAUGGGAGAGGCCCGUCGCAGGGCCACACUGCUGGCCCGCUAUGUGGGCUGUCCCCCAGGCAGCGCUGGUGGCAAUGACACAGAGCUGGUAGCCUGCCUUCGGACACGACCAGCUCAGGACCUGGUGGACCAUGAGUGGCGCGUACUGCCUCAGGAAAGUAUCUUCCGAUUUUCCUUCGUUCCUGUGGUAGAUGGAGAUUUCCUCAGUGACACACCUGAGGCCCUCAUCAAUGCAGGAGACUUCCAUGGCCUGCAGGUGCUGGUGGGAGUGGUGAAGGAUGAGGGCUCCUAUUUUCUGGUUUACGGGGCCCCAGGCUUCAGCAAAGACAACGAGUCUCUCAUCAGCCGGGCCCAGUUCCUGGCUGGGGUGAGGGUCGGGGUCCCCCAGGUAAGUGACCUGGCGGCCGAGGCUGUGGUCCUGCAUUACACAGACUGGCUGCAUCCUGAGGACCCAGCACGCUUGAGGGAGGCCCUGAGUGAUGUGGUGGGUGACCACAACGUCGUGUGCCCUGUGGCCCACCUGGCUGGGCGACUGGCUGCCCAGGGUGCCCGGGUCUACACCUACGUCUUUGAACAUCGUGCCUCCACACUUUCCUGGCCCCUGUGGAUGGGGGUGCCCCACGGCUAUGAGAUUGAGUUCAUCUUUGGGCUCCCCCUGGACCCCUCGCUAAACUACACCAUGGAAGAGAAAAUCUUUGCCCAGCGACUGAUGAGAUACUGGGCCAACUUCGCCCGCACAGGGGAUCCCAAUGACCCCCACGACCCCAAAGCCCUGCAGUGGCCCCCGUACACGGCUGGAGCGCAGCAGUACGUGAGCCUAGACCUUCGGCCGCUGGAGGUGCGGCGGGGGCUGCGCGCCCAGGCCUGCGCCUUCUGGAACCGCUUCCUACCCAAAUUGCUCAGCGCCACCGACACGCUGGACGAGGCAGAGCGCCAGUGGAAGGCCGAGUUCCACCGCUGGAGCUCCUACAUGGUGCACUGGAAGAACCAGUUCGACCAUUACAGCAAGCAGGAUCGCUGCUCAGACCUGUGACCCAGGCGGGUUCCCACGUCCCUCCGCCCCGCCGGGACCCCCAAGCUGUAUAUAGUAUUUAUUUAGGGGCUGGGAUAUAACACAGACGAACCCCAGACCCUGCCUAUCCUACCCCCGACUUCCCCUCGGGGCUCCUGGUCCCCUGCAUGUCUUGGGCUGAGCUCCCCCUCGCGGUGCCUUCGCCCCUCUGGGCUGCCAAUAAACUGUUACAGCCACAA